AUGGCUCCAGGUCUCGUCGUGCCCGAACCUGCUGUCCCUGCCUCCGCCACACGCUCACUCGCCGACAUUACAGCUUCCUACGACGACACGCUACGCUUCUACCUCAAUGGCACAAAAGUCACGCUCGACGCUGCGGACCCGGAAGUCACGCUGCUCGAGUAUCUAAGGGGCAUUGGGCUCACGGGCACGAAGUUGGGAUGCGCGGAGGGAGGCUGCGGAGCCUGUACUGUCGUCGUGUCGCAGCUGAAUCCCACCACGAAGAAGAUCUAUCACGCAUCUGUGAACGCAUGUCUAGCGCCGCUGGUCAGUGUGGAUGGCAAGCAUGUCAUCACGGUAGAAGGGAUUGGGAAUGUCAAGAAGCCGCAUCCAGCGCAGGAGAGGAUUGCGGAAGGGGAAUGGGAGUCAGUGUGGGUUUUGCACGCCGGUGUGAAGAGUGGGUGUGGCAAAGCGUCGGCAAAUGGCGGGAGUGGAUGCUGCAUGGAGAAGAAGGGCGCAAAUGGAGAUGGGUGUUGUAAGAGUGAUGGCGCAGACGAUCAGCCCAUCAAGCGGUUUACUCCUCCUGGCUUCAUCGAAUAUAACCCAGAUACCGAGCUCAUCUUCCCGCCACAAUUACGGAAACAUGAAUUCAAGCCUCUCGCGUUUGGCAAUAAAAGGAAGAAGUGGUUUAGGCCGAUGACGGUGGAGCAGUUGCUGGAGAUCAAGAGCGCGUAUCCGUCUGCGAAACUCAUUGGAGGUUCGACGGAGACGCAGAUUGAGAUCAAGUUCAAGGGCAUGAACUACAACGCGUCGGUCUUCGUGGGUGACAUCGCGGAACUAAGGCAAUUCACGUUCCAUGAGGAUCAUCUGGAGAUUGGUGGAAACGUGGUGUUGACGGAUCUCGAGCAAAUUUGUGAAGAUGCAGUCAAGCACUACGGCAGAAUCAGGGGUCAGCCGUUUGCCAUGAUCCUAAAGCAAAUUCGGUACUUCGCUGGAAGGCAGAUUAGGAAUGUUGGCACGCCGGCUGGUAAUCUGGCGACGGCGAGUCCGAUUUCAGAUCUUAAUCCGGUGUUUGUGGCGACGAAUAGUACGCUGUUGGCGAAGAGCUUGAAAGAGACGACGGAGAUUCCUAUGGCGACUUUCUUCAAGGGAUACAGACAAACAGCUCUGCCUCCUGAUGCGAUUAUUGCCGGAUUGAGGAUACCAGUUGCAAGAGAAAAGGGCGAGUUCAUCCGCGCGUACAAGCAGUCUAAGCGCAAGGACGACGACAUUGCCAUUGUGAACGCUGCGCUCCGCAUCUCCCUAGACGAUGCACACACCGUCGAGAGCGUCGACCUAGUCUAUGGCGGCAUGGCCCCAACCACCAUCGGCGCGAAGAAAGCCAUGGCCUUCCUCAAAGGCAAGAAGUUCACAGACCUUCAAACCCUCGAAGGCGUCAUGGACAAGCUCGAAGAAGACUUUGACCUCCGCUUUGGCGUACCCGGCGGCAUGGCGACAUACCGCAAAUCCCUGGCGCUCAGCUUCUUCUACAAGUUCUACCACGAAGUGCUCGCGGAACUACACGCAGAAGAAGUGGAGAUUGACACGCAGGCGAUCGGCGAGAUCGAGCGCGAUAUCAGCAAGGGCGAGAAAGAUGGCAAGGCGGCUGAGGCGUAUAAGCAGAAAGAGGUGGGACAAAGUAAGAAUCACGUCGCCGCGAUGAAGCAGUGUACUGGCGAGGCGCAGUAUACGGACGACAUCCCGCUGCAGAGGAACGAGCUCUAUGGAUGCUUGGUGCUGUCGACAAAAGCGCAUGCGAAGAUUCUCAGGGUGGAUGCGGAACCAGCGCUCAACGAGCCUGGCGUAGUAUCCUAUGUCGACCACAACGACGUCGCGUCUCCCGAGGCAAAUUGGUGGGGCGCUCCAGCCUGCGACGAGACCUUCUUCGCCGUCGACGAAGUCUUCACCGUCGGCCAGCCGAUCGGCAUGGUACUGGCAGACACUGCGAAACACGCCGAGCAAGCCGCCCGCGCCGUCAAGAUCGAGUACGAAGAACUCCCGGCGAUAUUCACCAUCGAAGAGGCCAUCGAGCACGAGAGCUAUUUCCAGCACUUCCGUCACAUCCAGAAGGGAGACACGGAGAAGGCGUUCGCCGAGGCGGAUCAUGUCUUCACUGGUACCGCGCGCAUGGGCGGCCAGGAGCAUUUCUACCUCGAGACGAAUGCGUGUUUGGCGGUUCCUAAGCCGGAAGAUGGCGAAAUGGAGAUCUUCAGCAGUACGCAGAAUCCGGCUGAGACGCAGGCUUAUGUCGCCAAGGUGGUGGGUGUUGCGGCUAACAAGAUCGUCACCCGCGUGAAGCGUAUGGGUGGAGGUUUUGGUGGUAAGGAGACGCGUUCGAUUCAGCUUGCUGGUAUUGUAGCGUGCGCGGCGAAUAAGGUCCGUCGACCUGUUCGAUGCAUGUUGAAUCGGGAUGAGGAUAUUGCUACUUCUGGUCAACGCCAUCCUUUCCUGGCUCGCUGGAAGGUUGCUGUCAACAAGGACGGCAAAAUCCAAGCCCUCGAUGCUGAUGUCUUUUGCAACGGUGGGUGGUCACAGGACCUCUCCGGUGCGGUCGUCGAGCGCUCGCUUUCGCACAUUGACGGUGUCUACUCUAUCCCCAACAUCCAUGUCCGUGGCCGUGUUGCAAAGACCAACACCGUCUCCAACACUGCUUUCCGCGGCUUUGGCGGUCCUCAAGGCUUGUUCAUCGCAGAGACGUACAUCGAAGAGAUCGCAGACCAGCUCAACAUCCCCGCUGAGAGAAUGCGAGAAAUCAACAUGUACAGCCCCGAGACCAACAUGAUCACGCACUUCAACCAAGAACUCAAGGACUGGUACGUCCCACUCAUGUACAAGCAAGUCCAAUCCGAAUCCGCCUACUCCGAGCGCCGCGCCGCCAUCACAGAGUGGAACAAAAUCCACAAAUGGAACAAGCGCGGCCUCGCUAUUGUGCCCACCAAAUUCGGCAUCUCCUUCACCGCCCUCUUCCUCAAUCAAGCCGGCGCCCUCGUCCACAUCUACCACGAUGGCUCCGUCCUUGUCGCCCACGGCGGCACGGAAAUGGGACAGGGCCUGCACACCAAGAUGACGCAAAUCGCCGCUGAGGCCCUCAACGUACCCUUAUCCAACGUGUUUAUUUCCGAAACCGCUACUAAUACUGUGGCGAAUGCGUCGUCCACCGCUGCGUCCGCUAGUUCUGACCUCAACGGCUACGCCAUCUGGAACGCGUGCGAACAGCUCAACUCGCGCCUCGCACCGUACCGCGAGAAACUCGGCAAAGACGCGAGCAUGAAGGACAUUGCACACAUGGCCUACUUCGACCGCUGCAAUCUCUCUGCCCAAGGCUUCUACAAGACACCUGACAUCGGCUACGUCUGGGGCGCCAACACUGGCCAGAUGUUCUUCUACUUCACGCAAGGCGUGGCCGCCGCCGAGGUCGAAAUCGACACGCUGACCGGCGACUUCACCGUGCGCCGCGCGGAUAUCAAAAUGGAUGUGGGGCGCAGUAUUAAUCCCGCGAUUGACUACGGCCAGAUUGAAGGCGCGUUUGUCCAGGGCCAGGGACUCUUUACGACUGAGGAGAUGCUGUGGCAUCGCGGCAGUGGAGGCAUCUUCACCAAAGGACCAGGGAAUUAUAAAAUUCCUGGGUUCAGGGAUAUUCCGCAGAUCUUUAAUGUGAGUCUGUUGAAGGAUGUCGAGUGGGAGAAUUUGAGGACGAUUCAGAGAAGUAGGGGUGUUGGCGAACCGCCCUUAUUCAUGGGCAGCUGUGUCUUCUUCGCGAUCCGCGACGCGCUCAAGGCGGCGCGAGCGCAGUUUGGAGAAAACAGCGUGCUGCAUUUGCAGAGUCCGGCGACGCCUGAGAGGAUCAGGAUUAGUUGUGCGGAUCCGAUUCUUAAGAGAGCGUGGGUGGAGCCGCAGGAGGGGGAGAAGAGCUUCUUCGUUAGCAUUUGA